UCCACAUCUGCAGAAAGGGUUGUGCUCUCUUUUGAUCCCCAUUCUCGUGUUCGUGAUGGUACAAUCGAAGCCGUGGUCGGAAAGUCUUCUCAGUUGUCUCUUCGGUCAAUUGGCUGAUUGUUUAGUACCUACAGAACGACAUUACAACCUUUCGCACCACGACCACUUGUGGAGGUUGGAGAUAUGGCUGUACCACCCCUUCGCUGUAUGGCCCUGGAUCCCACAUAUCCUGUCCCGCGUCACCUCAAAACACUUCCAGGCUAUGUGUGUUAUGUUGCUGCUUCGGGAUGACCACAUGGUCGACGACUUGGACGGAAUGCUGACAAGAAUGGAGCAGGAUGAUGUCCUGGAACGAUUGGACAGUAUACUGCAGGAGAAGCGCUUCUCCAGUACUGCUGUGUCGCGCGGUAUCUGUCUGGGCAUUGACCAUGAUAACAACAGUUGGAAAUCUGGUGAUGAGCUUUUUGGGAUAGGUUCAGGACUCCGAGAGCGGUUCUAUCGGUGGGACGAGGUCGUUAGGCGAAGGAUGCCACACUCGCACGGACGAGGCAUAUUGAGCACUGUGCAUGACACCCAAGAGCGCGACAUCUGGAUGCAGGACAUGGACAGGAGCAUGCAAGCUAAACAGAAAAAUGCAGCCGAACAGGAUGUGCACCCUCGGGCCGAGGCUCAAGACGAGGACCCUCGGGACGGCGCGGAUUGACAUGCUCGUGCGUACUGUCGUCGUGUGUCCGUAAUAAAUGACCCCGUGGCCGCAUUGGGGGUCUAAAUGUUCCUGCUGUCGGGGAACACAUGUACAUCCACUCAUGAUCCUAUGCAUUAUUUUCUUUUA